CAUCGUAUACAGUCAGGAAUGCAGCCUGUAGUUUACAACAUAAGUACUGCAGCUGUCUUCCAAGCAUUUUCCUAUUUCUCUUUUUACUGUAAUUUCUUUGCGUACAGGAUUGACAAGGUCAAACCUGUAAAGUUGGGCGUUUAGUAAAUGUAUUGAAGUGUUUCCAUCAUGUGACAACGCCAGGACAAUUUAUUGGGCAUUUGCCCCCUUAAUUUGACAUUAGGCUGAUAGGUGAUUCUAUAGAUAAAGGGCACAUGGGCAUUCAGGUUUGAUUUAAAACAGCCUUAUCUCCACCAAAGGCAGUUAUCAGAGAGUAGUUACCCAUUUCCCUGGCCAGCACGGGGCAGAGGGACGCCUCAAGGCCAAAUCACAGAGUACCUCUGAGGAAUGACACGACAGUAGCGCUAGUUUCCUCAUGAGAAGGGGCCAUCUGAUGGCCGCAGAAUGCACUUUGUUGUGGUUCCAUUUGAAUGUGUGGCAGCCUAGCGCUGUCUUUAGAGCAAGCCCAUCAGCUGUGGACAUAUCUGAGCCGUCCGUCAGUGAUUUGGGAAGGUGUGGUUGCAUCGCAGUCUUUGCUGGAGGACAGCUUCAAAAGGAUGACUGGAAUGCCGUCGACUCAUCAAAUCAGGCCAUGGCACACAUCAAUGCAGACGACAAAACCCACAGCCUGGAGACUCUUCCCCCAGGCAAGGUGAGGUGGCAGGACUUUGACCAGGACCUAUAUGUUGGUGCUACAGUGGUUCGGCCAGGGCAGGAUCCCUAUGCCCGAAACAAGUUCAACCAAGUGGAAAGUGACAAGCUCAGGAUGGACCGCGGAGUCCCUGACACAAGACACGACCACUGCCGGCAUAAACAGUGGAAAUCUGAGCUGCCUGCUUCUAGUGUGGUCAUCACCUUUCACAAUGAGGCCCGCUCGGCUCUACUCCGCACUGUGGUCAGUGUUCUUAAGAAGAGUCCCCCCCACCUUGUCAAGGAGAUUAUCCUGGUGGAUGAUUACAGUGACAACCCUGAAGAUGGAGCCUUGCUGGGGAAAAUUGAGAAGAUCCGGGUACUUCGCAAUGAUCGACGAGAAGGUCUGAUGAGAUCUCGGGUGAGGGGGGCCGACGCGGCUACUGCCGGUGUUCUCACCUUCCUGGAUAGCCACUGCGAGUGUAACGAACACUGGCUGGAACCGUUACUGGAGAGAGUGGCUGAGGACAAGACGCGAGUUGUUUCGCCCAUCAUCGACGUCAUCAACAUGGACAACUUCCAGUACGUUGGCGCUUCAGCGGAUCUCAAAGGAGGGUUUGAUUGGAACUUGGUCUUCAAGUGGGACUACAUGACCCUGGAGCAGAGGAGGGCACGGCAAGGGAACCCCACUGCUCCAAUCAAGACUCCCAUGAUUGCCGGCGGCCUCUUUGUCAUGGACAAAACCUACUUUGAACUGCUGGGAAAGUACGACAUGAUGAUGGAUGUGUGGGGUGGAGAGAACCUUGAGAUCUCCUUCCGCGUGUGGCAAUGUGGGGGCAGUCUAGAAAUUAUUCCCUGCAGUCGGGUGGGACACGUCUUCAGGAAGCAGCAUCCUUACACUUUCCCUGGGGGUAGCGGCACCGUAUUUGCUAGGAACACGAGACGAGCAGCAGAGGUGUGGAUGGACGAGUUUAAGAACUUUUAUUAUGCAGCUGUGCCAUCGGCUCGUAACGUCCCUUACGGCAACAUUCAAAGCAGAAUGGAGAUGAAGAAGAGGCUGGGCUGCCAGCCAUUCAAGUGGUACCUGGAGAAUGUGUACCCAGAGCUACGGGUCCCCGACCAUCAGGACAUCGCCUUCGGAGCUCUGCAGCAGGGCGGAAACUGCUUGGACACACUGGGGCACUUCGCGGACGGAGUGGUUGGGGUCUACGAAUGCCACAACGCUGGGGGAAAUCAGGUACCAUUCAGGGCUCAGGAAUGGGCCCUGACCAAGGACAAGUCGGUGAAGCACAUGGACCUCUGCCUGACGGUGGUGGAGCGCACGGCAGGCUCACAAAUCAAACUGCAGGGCUGCAGGGAAAACGACAGCAGACAGAAAUGGGAGCAGAUCGAAAGUAACUCCAAGCUGCGGCACGUGGGCAGCAACCUGUGCCUGGACAGCCACAGCGCUCGCGCUGGGGGCCUCACGGUGGAGGUCUGUAGCCCCAACCUCAACCAGCAGUGGAAGUUCACCCUCAACCUCCAGCCCUAGAGAGAGGGAGAGUCCCCGCCAACACCACCUCCUCCUCCUUCACCACCUCCUUCUCUCCUCCUCCCCGGAGCUACAAAAGACUAGAGCCACCCAGCACCAACAACAGAGACAUAUGGACGGACGGGUGAAGACAAACGGACGGACGGAUGGAAGGUUAUAGACAGGGGCCCCAGGACGCAGACACAGAAAGGACAUGAAACUACAGACUACAGAGUGGGAUGAUGCUCUCCAUCCAACUAUAUACCUCAGUGUUUCAUCUUAGUCCAGCCCUUUGGAAAGUGAAUGAGUUACUUUUCUUAAUGCAGAUGAAAUGGAAUGGGACUUUUCUUUUUGGGGGGGUGGGGUGUUUUUCUAUUUUGUGUGUAUUUUAACUUUUUUUUUCUCUCUCUCUCUCUUUCCACUGAUGUUCAAUGCAUUUCUGAAAUGGAUGUGACUUACUUUGUUGUUAUCCCUGAGUAAUCUACCUUUGUUGAAUGUAAAAGACAUGUUCCACAGAGGUCCCCAGGAUUAGACAGACGCCACCCAGGCAGAAAGGGGAGGGUUUUGGUAUGGUUUCAGUUCGGGUGGGCCAAUAAAAGUCCUGCUAUUUAAAGGGAAUUAUGCUCUGUUCCAGUUGUACAUUGCAACGUUUCUCUAACCUGGUUGGUGGGACGUCCUGCCCAAGUGAGUGGGAAAGUGAAGUAAAAAAAAAAGGCUUUUUUUUUUGUUCCACAGUUCAUACUGAGUUUUAACUCUGCUCCUGUCAGACUUGUUGUAAGAAGGCGUCCGAUCAAAAGUGUGCUCUUUGCGGGCCUCUCAUAGAUGCUGGUGGGUGGGGUCAGGGGUUGCUGAGUGUGGCUGUAUUGCUGCUGAAUCAUCACAAACUGUAGAACAGGCUGUUACUGCUCUUCUGUCAUGGCUGCUUUGUCCAUCGCAGUUAAAUGGAGCAACCCCCCAAACUACAAAUCUUCUAUAAUGUCAUUGUUUUUAUUCUACUUUACAAAAGCAGUAAGUACAGUGUCCAAGUUUAUUGUGGAUCUUUUGUUCCUAACAUUAUUGGGGGCAAAAUUAUACUGUAGAAUAAUUAACUGCGUAACAAACUAAAUUUAACUUUUAUUUCUUUAUAGCCUUGUUGCAUUCUGACUUCUCUUGGGACUGAAAUUGUAUCUGCAUUUGGUAUUGAUUUUCAUUUUCAGUGUCGGUGUUACCAUAACUAUCCCGUCAUAACCUCAUAGAAUUUACAUGGGAAAAGACUUGUGUGCAUGUUGUACCAAUACUUUUUUCUCAGCCCCCCCCCUUCUCUUUUUUGCUAUGCUCACAAGCUGUGUCUAAUGUCUUGGCCUUUUUUAUAUUGAUCAUGUGUCAUGGAAAGUCUUUGUGCAAUAGUUAACAGAUUUCAACAGGUUUCUUAAGGGCAGGUCUGUCUGCUAUAGUUAGCAAUACGAUUUCCAUAUUUCAGUAUCAUUGUUGUGUGUCUAGUUUGCGUCUGCGUCGGAACCUGUUCUGAGUUGGUUAAUACAUACAUGUAGCUUGUAAUAUACAGUAUGUGGUACUUUAAACGUUACUGUUUAUUUCAGAGGGAAACAGAACCCACUUUAAAUGUGAUGGCCAAAGGAGCCUAAGAUCACUUAGGAAAGAACCAUCCAUUGAAAUGGCAGUGUUUGUCUUGGUAAAUCCCUUGAUAUCAAUAGACUAAUUUAUUCUAGAAUAGCAAAUUACUAAUUAUUUAGUAAUACUUGCUGUCUGUAUUUUGUGAGCCCUCGUUAUAUAUGAAUAUAUCAACCAUUUCAGACUGUCAGUCCGAAGCAUCAAUCCCUGUGUGUUCGACAUCGUCCUGGACAAACUAGCAUAUCCAAAGGGAAUCCCCAACCAGCACCACAUCCAUACAGAAAACAAGCCUCACAGUGACCGAGCCGAGGCAGGAGCGCUCAUCUCUCCCUUAUGUGGAGGUAUUGCAUUUCAAAAAUGCCAAAGAGAUGAGGUAUCCUACGGUGUGAGAUGUGGAGCAGGGGAUUGAGGAAACGUCCCAUGUUUUACCUGCAGUAUCUGCAGUUCAGAAUGUGAGAUCUGUGAGUGGGCAGGACUGAGGGAUCAUGAGGAGAGCAGGAGGUUGCAGCCUCCCAUGUGAGAGGGGUUAGUAGGGUUACAAGUUGCACACGGUAAGAACUUUGUCGGCCAUCACUUCACUGUUGAAAUUGUAACAAUUUCCGAGUUCACGUCAGUUGUAACAAUUCAAAUGUGAAAGUUCAAAUGUGUAGAGGGAGGCCUACAGUACUAAACAGGAUUGCCCGUGUGAACCUUGUCUACAUGGUGGCAGCCGUUGUUAACGUAUUGAAUAAAGCCUUUUUUUUAUA